AUGGCCGUAGCUUGGGAACCCAAACGCACUCUUGCUGAGACGGAUGCACUGCUCUGUGCUCCUGGACAAAUGCAUGAACUGGAGACCGUCUUGGUAAAUGGACAGCGUACGGGUCUUACUAUUCUUGUUGCUGAUCUCACCUCUGUCUCAGUCCAACGUGUCUAUAAGAACCAGUGGCCGAGCGCAAGGAUGUUCUGGCUGUGGUCGACUAAUCUCUAUGGAGACCGGACUUAUAUCGCCUACGAAAACCAGCGAUACACGUUUGUGCAGGACUUGAGCGCUGAUGUCCCAGCUCACGAAAUCAUCUGCAGGUUCAAAGAAACGCUAGCAAGAUCUCUGAUAGCAGCGGCUGUCUAUCGAGAAGUCUACGGUGUCAAAAAAGGCGACAGAAUCGCUAUCUGUGCCCGCAACCUCCCUGAAUAUCUUGUGGCUUACUGGGGAUGCCAUCUCAUUGGCGCUGUCGCUGUCCUGGUCAACGCAUGGCUUCCUGUGACACCCCUGCUCUAUUGCUUGACCCAUGCCGACUGCAAACUUAUCCUUCUUGAUCCAGAGCGUGCAGAUCGUUUGGUAUCGGUCAGAGACAAGUUGGGGGCAGCACACGUGUUGGUGUUUGAGCCCGGCAAACGACACUGGAAGGGAAUGCAAAUUUGGGAAUCUACGCUCAAUAGCUUCAAAGGAAACCAUAUGCAAAUCCUUGAACAGGAUCCCAAUAUUCUCCCAGAGGACGACGCCAUGAUUUUUUUUACCUCCGGCACCACUGGUCUCCCUAAAGGAGUCCUGAGCACUCAAAGGCAGUUUCUGACCAACACACUAAAUACUGUCGUGUCUCGUCGGAGAGCAGUGUUGCGACGCGGUGAAGAAAUAAAAGCUCGAUCUCCGACUGAUCCUCAAGAAGGAUUCCUCAUCGCCGCGCCGUUCUUCCAUGCGACCGGGAUGACCUCUUUAACGAUGACGGCUACUCUAGCUGGUGCUAAGAUCGUACUCAUCAGGAAGUGGGACACGAAGCAAGCCACCAAAUUAAUCAAAGAAGAAAAAGUGACCAUGGCUGGAGGUGUCCCUUCAAUGUCCUCAGAUCUUAUCGAAAGCGAGCUAGCUGGCUACAGUGGACUAGAUGCUCUAACAUUCGGCGGCGCAGCUACACCUCCCGCUUUAUUGAUUAGAGCAAAAGCCGCGUUCCCCAGCGUGGUACUGAAUCAAGCAUACGGCCUCACAGAGUGCAACAGUAUUGCUAUCUCAUUUGCAGCAGAAGACUGGUUAGCGAGACCAACAAGUUGUGGAUUGGCCUCACCUAUUAACGACGUUGUUAUCGUCAAAGAUGGAAAGGUCGUUCCUCGAGGAGAACUUGGCGAGAUUUGGAUAAAGGGGUGCAAUGUGAUGAAAGGGUAUUGGCGCGAUCCAGCUGCGACGGAAAAGACUGUCACCAAAGACGGAUGGUUAUUGAGCGGAGACGUCGGAAUGCAGGACGAAGAAGGUUUUGUUUAUAUUCGGGACAGAAUCAAAGACAUUAUCAUUCGCGGCGGAGAAAACAUUGAUUCAACAAGCGUGGAGAAUGCCUUAUUCACUGAAGGAGUGCUCGAAGUUGCAGCAAUAGGGAUUCCAGACUCACGUCUGGGCGAACUCGUUGCUGCCGUCGUCACCACAAAGCCAGAUCAUGGUUUGACCGAGGAGUCCCUGAUUGCUUUGGCCCGCUCAAGACUUCCACAUUUUGCAGUUCCAGUGAUGGUUCUUUUCGUUCCAGAGAUUGAACACAACGCAGCUGGCAAGAUUAUGAAGGGCGGUGCUAGGAAGUUUGCCGCAGAGGAGUGGGCCAGGCGUUUGAAGACAAAGGCCAAAUUGUAG